AAGAAUGAUGUGGUUUAAUAUUAGAAGUUAUAUCGCUUCAGAUAUGCUUAAACUGUACUCGCUGAUAGUGGAGCUGGCACUAAGAACAAGAAGCAUCUUUUAUUAUAAUCCAAGUGGGCUAGAAUGCAACUGGAGGUGGUUGCAACUGCAUAACUUCACCAACCAUCCACAGUUGGUGUGGAAUUCCGCACUGCCCUUUGUCCAUCUAAAUCGCCUCUUCAAUAAUGAGCUAUUUGUACUGGCAUGCUUAGAUGCGGAUUUAGCUAGGAACGAGCUAACAGGAUUGUUGUCCAGUCUAAGUCAUUUAACGAACUCCAAAGUUCUCAUUGAACUGGUUGGUAACAAAAGCGUGGAACCGCGCUCAAAGGACUCCCUAGUCAGAGAUAUUCUCUUGCAAUUCCGAAAGAAGAAUAUGCUCAACGUCGUGAUAUAUUUUAAGUCCACAUCGCAUCCCUUGUUUCUCUACAGCUAUGACGCAUUCCCCCAAUUCACUCUUCGGCAGCGGGGCUUCACAAAAUCGCGCGGAGAUCAUUUGUAUCCCAGGCAAAUCGAGAAUGUCAAGGGAUACAUUUUGCGAGUCAUCCACGAUUUUUCAGAACCAAACACCAUUAUUUAUUACGACGCUAAUGGGAAAGAGCUUAUUCGAGGAUCUCUAUGGGAUUUUAUAGCUAACUUUGCUUCGACAAUUGGUGCCAGGUUGAAGGCAAUAGAACCAACGUGGCCCCAUGGUCGCCAUCUGGGUGACUCGUAUAUGCUGGAGCUCACUAAGAACAAUAGUGUGGACAUCGGUCUCUUCACUGCACAGGUCGACGAAAGAUAUUCAAAUAGAUUCUACCAAUACUCGUUCCCCAUCCUGUAUGCCAGCUGGUGCGUUAUGAUGCCCUUGGAGCGUCCUAUCCAAAUCCCAGCCAUAUUCAAGCACAUUCUAUGCACUGGCACCAUGGCAUUCCUGAUGAUAGCUCUCAUCUGCUAUUGGCUGUCAUCGCUAUUGGCUUUGCUCUUUGUCUGCCUCUGCCAGGCGCAGCUGAUGUUCUUGUUGAUCAUGCAUCCACGACAGUUGCCCAUCGACAGCUUUGACGCUUUGCUCGCCUCGGACUUGCGCAUUCUUGGCGUGAGUUCGGAAUUCUAUUUGCUGGAUGCCGCCUUUCGAGCUCGCUAUGCUGCGGCCUUUCGGUUGACCUCCAAUGUUAGUGAAUUCUUCGAGCUGCGAAACAGCUUCAACACUAGCUGGGCGUAUAGCAUCACUUCCAACAAGUGGACUAUGAUGGAGGCACAACAAGAGAAUUUCCAACGCUCCGUCUUUCGUUACUCGGACCUCUGUCUGCAUGAAAGUCUACCCUACAGCAUUAUUCUCGACGAGGACUCUGUGUACUAUCAAGCGCUGAUGUUCUACUCGAUGCGGGUUCACGAAGCAGGACUCUUGGAAAAAUGGGUUCGCAAUAGUUUCUAUGACAUGGUGGAGGCGGGUCGCAUGCACCUAACGGACUACAGCGUAACUAUUGAACCGCGACCCUUACGUCUGCCGGACUUUCAGAUUCCGUGUCGUUAUUUUGUCUUUGGCAUUAUUAUGGCUCUAGCUGCAUUUAUGAUUGAACUUCUCCGCUUCUAUAUCAAUGUAUUCUUAGAAAAUCUUUGA